GUGUCUUAUCUUUUUUUUCUUUUUAAAGGUUUAUUGAAUUCAAAAUGUCUCAAAAAAUCCAUGGCGGUUCUGUGGUAGAGAUGCAAGGAGAUGAAAUGACGCGAAUCAUUUGGGAGUUGAUUAAAGAAAAACUCAUUUUUCCGUACGUGGAAUUGGACCUGCACAGCUAUGAUUUAGGCAUAGAGAAUCGAGAUGCCACCAAUGACCAGGUCACCAAGGAUGCUGCAGAAGCUAUAAAGAAGUACAAUGUUGGCGUCAAGUGUGCUACCAUUACUCCUGAUGAAAAGAGGGUUGAGGAAUUCAAGUUGAAACAAAUGUGGAAGUCGCCAAAUGGCACCAUCCGAAAUAUUCUGGGUGGCACUGUCUUUAGGGAAGCUAUUAUCUGCAAAAAUAUCCCCCGGCUUGUGAGCGGAUGGGUAAAACCCAUCAUCAUAGGUCGUCAUGCUUAUGGGGAUCAAUACAGAGCAACCGAUUUCGUUGUUCCUGGUCCAGGAAAAGUAGAGAUAACCUACACGCCAAGUGAUGGGUCCCCAAAAAUGACGUACCUGGUACAUAACUUUGAAGAGGGUGGUGGUGUUGCCAUGGGGAUGUACAAUCAAGAUAAGUCAAUUGAAGAUUUUGCACACAGUUCUUUCCAGAUGGCUCUGUCUAAGAGUUGGCCUUUGUAUCUGAGCACCAAAAACACCAUUCUGAAGAAAUACGAUGGACGUUUUAAAGACAUCUUUCAGGAAAUAUAUGACAAGCAGUACAAGUCCCAAUUUGAAGCCCAGAAAAUCUGGUAUGAGCACAGGCUCAUCGAUGACAUGGUGGCCCAAGCCAUGAAAUCAGAGGGAGGCUUCAUUUGGGCCUGUAAAAACUAUGAUGGCGAUGUCCAGUCGGACUCCGUGGCCCAAGGUUAUGGCUCUCUUGGCAUGAUGACCAGUGUGCUGAUUUGUCCAGAUGGCAAGACAGUAGAAGCAGAGGCUGCCCAUGGGACUGUAACCCGUCACUACCGCAUGUACCAGAAGGGACAGGAGACAUCCACCAAUCCCAUUGCUUCCAUUUUUGCCUGGACCAGAGGGUUAGCCCACAGAGCUAAGCUUGAUAACAAUAAAGAACUCGGCUUGUUUUCAAAGACUUUGGAGGAAGUCUGUAUUGAGACCAUUGAGGCUGGCUUCAUGACCAAGGAUUUGGCUGCUUGUAUUAAAGGUUUACCCAAUGUGCAACGUUCUGACUACUUGAAUACGUUUGAGUUCAUGGACAAACUCGGAGAAAACUUGAAGAUGAAACUAGCUCAGGCCAAACUUUAAGGUCAUUCCGCAGCCUAGGAAGACAAGUGGUUGGUUUUUUUUUUUUGGUAACUAGGUCCACCGGUUUACACUUUUCUCUGUAACACUCAAGGGUAAGGGCGAAAUCCAUUUUGUAAUUUGUUUAGAAGUCAGAGUUUAUCUUUUCUAUAAGUUUACAGCCUUUUUCUUAUACAUACAGUUAAGCCACCUUCGUGAACGUGGCUGGGGACUUUUUAAAUUUUUAUUUUAUUUUCUACUAGUAGCUUAGGAAUUAGUUUAGUGCUGAGUCGUAGUACUUACUGUCACUUUUUCUCAUGUUCUGAUCAAUAUAAAUGACCAAAAUGAAGAGUGCUUGAAAGGAUAAACUAUAGCCGCGGUAACAGUCCCUAAAAUUCUGUAAAGUAGAAAUUCACUCCCUUCCCCACUUUCCAUGGCCUGGGGCUCUGGGUGGUUUUAGUGUAACAGGUGUCCCAUCUUGUGAGGUAGAGCUGUACCUUAAACUUGCAUGUGAAUUGUAAUGAAGAGGAUGGUUGUAACCAAAACGUGUUGAAGACACAGCAAUCAUUUUUGUAAAGAUCUCCAGUUGAAUGUUUUGAAAAUGCUAAAGAUUUUUGAAGCCACUAAGAGUUUGGAAUCCAGGAUAAAUGCUACCUGGGGGCUUGUCCCCUGUGUUUGUCUCCUCCUCCUGGUCUUGUGUGGCCUAAGUAUUAUGCUACCCUGAAUGGCAUAUUUCAUCCAAGUGCAAUAAUAUUGGGUUGUCGGAAAAGUCAUGAUGCAUUUUUGCAACAAAAAACAUAGAAAAAAUAUGUCAUGACUUUUCCGACAACCUAAUACAAGCUGUACCUUUUGUGGACUUCUGCUGGCCUAUUUU